AUGCCGCCCAAGCAAAGGCAAGAAGUCGUCGACGAGGACGUCUACACGUCUUCUUCUUCCGAGCACGAUGAGUCGGGUAGCGAAAGCGAAGAAGAGCAGCAGCAACCUCAGAACCGCCAGCCCAAACCAGUACUCGAGAAAGACUCGGAUGAGGAAGAGCUCGAGCGGUUAGUUCUGGGCGACAGUUCGAAUUUUAGAGAAAAUCUCUUCAAGAACGACUAUGAGGGCGAGGUCGGCUCAGAUUUCGAGGAUAUUGGUGCAGAGGACGACCAGGACGGCGACGACAACAUUGAAGACAUCGACGAUGCGCAACUCUUCUUCCUCGAUGCGCCUCCCGCCAGCAGCAAGGGCCUCGCGGUAGCAACCCCGACCAAUGCUGUUGCGGCCAAAAAGGAGGACAAGAAUGCGCCGGCGUGGGAGGACAGCGACGACGAGCGGUUGACCGUCUCCCUCGCCAGCGCCACGCAGCUGCGAAAGCUGCGCAUUACCGAAGACGACGACGUGGUGAACGGUACCGAGUACACCAGAAGACUGCGACAGCAAUACCUGCGGCUGAAUCCGGUGCCUGCUUGGGCCAAGGAGGCAGAGGGCCGCCCAGCCAAGCGCCGCCGGCGCUCUUCUGCUGCUUCGGACGAUUCCCAAGCCUCGGAUGUCAGUGACAGCAGCGACGAAGCAUCAGCCCUACCGCUCGACCAAUUCCUGCGCGACGCAACCUCGCUACGGGAGAGCGGCGCAAGGUCAAAGAAGCUUCGCCCCGAGGUCAUUGACAUACAACGAUCGAGAGACAUGGCCGACAGCCACAAGGAAGAAGUCACAGCGCUCUGCUUCCACCCAGAAUACCCAGUUCUCUUGUCCUCGAGUACAUCAACACUCUUGUACCUUCACCAUAUCGCGCCGACUGCCCACCCUACACCGAACCCGCUCUUGACUUCUGUGCAAAUCAAGCAGGUUCCGGUGAGGCAUGCCGAAUUCCUUUACCCAGGUGGAGACAAGAUAUUCUUUGCUGGACGGCGGCGAUUCAUUCACUCGUGGGAUCUGCCUACGGGUUUGAUCCAAAAGACGCAGAAGCUUCAGGGCCACAACCUUGAGCAGAGGACAUGGGAACGUUUCAAGCUGAGUCCGUGUGGGCGGUGGUUGGGAAUGAUUGCCUCUACUCGGAAGGGAGGUGGUGAGAUUAACAUUGUCAAUGUCAACACCAUGCAAUGGAUUGCCGCGGCUCGUCUAGACAGCAGAGGAGGUAUUGCUGACUUUCAAUGGUGGAGCAACGGCAACGGCUUGACGGUGCUAGGAAAGGGAGGUCAGGUCGGCGAAUGGAGCAUGGCAACCCGCCGUUUCCUGGCAAUAUGGAACGAUGAGGGCUCGAUAGGCGGCACUGUCAUUGCGCUGGGUGGCCACAAUGGACCCAAGGUCCUGGGUGGACACAAGUGGGUGGCCGUUGGCUCAAAUAGUGGCGUCAUGAACAUUUACAACCGAGAGGACCUCAUCACGUCUUCAGAGGCCAAUGACGAGCUGGAGCUCAAGGAGCGCCCCGAACCCGCCCGGCGCUUUGAGCAGCUGACAGUUCCCGUCACUUUCCUGACCUUUAGUCCCGACGGUCAAAUCCUCGCCUUUGGUAGCACGCACAAGAAGGACGCUCUGCGCCUGGCUCAUCUGCCCAGCUGCACCGUGUAUAGAAACUGGCCGACGGCGCAGACCCCUCUCGGACGCAUCACGGCCAUUGCGUUUGGAAGCAAGAGCGAUACGCUCGCGGUUGGCAACGAUACGGGAAAGAUCAGAUUAUGGGAGAUACGGAGUUAA